AUGGCAUGGAGUCCACGACGGGGGCCAGUGGAGCGAAUGGUGUCAAUGCCGACACGGCCAAAACCUGCUGUUGGAUCUGUCAGAGGAAGCGUUUAUAGUUCAUCUCCCAGGGGUGCGCAUCAGCCGUAUCCUCAACAGUCAGCUGCGCAGGUGAGCCCUCGCAGCUACAUACGAGGUGUGGAGAAGCCAGUCCCCAGUCGCUCUACCAUGCCAUGGAGGGGCGGAGGUCCAGGUGUCAGAAGCCACAGCGCAGAGGCGUUGGGCGCAGGCGCCUCCAGAGCGACUUCGAGCAGAUCGCCUCGAGGCAAGCCUACGGCCUCUGGGUUACGUUCCAGUGAAAGGUUGGACCAAGUGGGCGUGGAGAUCCUUUGCGAGGCCUCUUCAUCGCCAGGGAUGCCAAGUCUCCUUAUGCCCCGGCCAAGAUAUAGUGCUGUGAAUGGUGUGACCCGCUCUGCCAGUGCUGUUGUUCCGAGGCCAAAGAAUGCCUCUCCAAGGUCAACUGGUGGAGGAGGUCGCUCUGCCACAAUUCGAGUGGCCACAGCGGCCAGUCCUGUAGCAGUUUCCACUGCGCGGUCAGAACCACGUCUUCCUGAGUCGCCACGAGACCAGAUGCGCAACUCUCCUGGGGGUGAAGGUAGUGCGGAAGAUGACAAUGUUCCAUCUUCAGGUGGCCUGGAACAAAUCCUGUUGGAGCGGAUCGCCGCCUUGGAAGCCCAGGUUGUAGAUCGACAUGGACUGGUGGCCAAGAUCAACCGACAGCAGGAACAGCUUGAUCGCCUUGAAAGUCUGGCCAAAGAGAAUGCUGUUUUGAAGGCACAAGUGGCUAAAGCAGGCAAACCGGCUGUGCCUACACGAGGUGCUGCUCGGCGAAGGGCCGGGCAAACCGCAUUGACACCUUGGAGUGCUGUUUCACCCACGCAAAAGGCGCGUGCCGGCCCUGAGUUGCGCAUUGCAAUGGCGCCUCAACGAGCUGUGCCAGGGCGCACCGUGGCGAAGGUGAUGCCUCCGCAGUUCACUGAAAUCAAGGGGCCUGGGCGGCACAUCGCCGUCCCUGCCGUCCCUUUGGUCCCUCCGGUCCCUCCUGGGUGA